CGACAUCUCAACGCCAGCCUCGGGACCCACGAUUCCAGCAACACACAACGUUGCCGAUAGACUGGCGGGUGCUACAUGAGGCACUUGCUACAGGGUAGCGCGCAUCAUGGACGACUUCAACAGCGAGACUGAUAGUGACUACACAAGUUACUGGAGAGACUGGGUGAGUUGAACUUUUUCAUACCGUAUAAACUUUGUGCGCCGCAUCGUGCCUGCUCAUGAAAGUGAUCUGGCGCAACCUGAGGGGGACCGGAGGACGAGUGCGACCCAAGCAGGAGCGUUCCUGAGCUAUCACGAGAUGUAUCGACCUUGCCUGCCCUGCAGAUCUUGCAGGGCGCCGACACGAUGCUCCCCAUCUCAUUACUCCUUGAACAGACGAAGUCGAAGGAAUACCGAAUUAGUUACCUUUGGAGGGCGUGGUUAUAUAGACGGGUCAAUAUAAGAUACGUCGCGAAGUGCCUCAGAAAUAGCAGGCACGCCUACACCCUCUUCGGCAGAGUCUACACCGGCGUCUCACAAGUUGUCAGGGUGCCCAACCUCCAGGGCAUGCUUCGGUACCUUCCAAAACCCCUCACCCAGUCGGCUCUUUUGCUCACGAGGGGUUAUAUGGGGUAGUGUCUGCAGUUGAAUCCUCAGAUGACCUGGAUGACUUGGUGGAUCCUCUGAAUGCCGGCUUUCUAGAAGUUGCUUUCAAUAUGAUCGCCAUACCCUAUCUUCGACAAGCGGGAACCCGUGAAGCAGUCGCUACUUUCUCACCCAAAGCUAAAAAGAUUCUCCCCAUGGGCUUUGCUUGGGCAUCGGACUUUGGGACUCGCGUAUUCUUUUCUUUCUCUCGGUUAUUGGAGACAAGAGACGUGCUAACGAUUCAUUCUUCAGUUCAUUUCCUCGCGAGGCAACGAAUACUUUUGCGAGAUCGACGAGGACUAUCUCACUGAUCGAUUCAACCUUACUGGUCUUAAUACGGAGGUUCAAUACUAUCAAUAUGCGUUGGACCUGGUAACGGACGUCUUCGAUUUGGACUGUGAUGAUGAUAUGCGAGAGACAAUCGAGAAGUCAGCACGACAUCUAUACGGACUUGUUCAUGCCAGAUAUAUUGUGACAACAAGAGGGUUGGCAAAGAUGGUAUGUUGAUUACUUGGUCCCAAACUUGGAACUGGACUAAAGAGAUACGACAGCUUGAGAAGUACAAAAAGGCAGAUUUUGGCAAAUGUCCUCGAGUCAUGUGCAAAUCCCACCCCUUAUUGCCCAUGGGACAAUCCGACAAUCCAAACGUGAAAGCAGUAAAACUAUACUGUGCCCGAUGCGAAGAUAUCUACAAUCCCAAGUCGUCGCGUCAUUCCGCCAUCGAUGGUGCAUACUUUGGGACUUCCUUCCACAAUAUCAUCUUUCAAGUGUACCCGGCUCUUAUCCCUGCGAAAAGCUACGAGAGAUAUUCUCCAAGGAUAUAUGGAUUCAAAGUCCAUGCUCCUGCGACUUUAAUACGUUGGCAGCAUUCGGAACGGGACGAGAUGCGGAAACGACUGAGGAAACUGGAGAUCGAGAGUGGGUUCAAGGACGACGAAGAAGAUGUAGCGGAAGAUUCGGAGGAAGAAGAAGAGGAGACUGAUAUGGUUCUUGAGAAUGGAACGGUGGAAGUUGGUGGUGCUAAUCAACUAUGAUUGUGAGAACCGAGUAGAUAAUUCUUCUUUGGAGCGUGAACGGGGCUUCUUUUCUUGAGCGUGUACAAGGGGAUGAAUGUGGUUGUGAGUUAGAUGGAUUGAUGGAUGGUUGAAUGGUAUUAUGCACUGCUUUGGCGUUGGGAAAUGGAUUAUCUGGCUCAAGCUUUUUUUUCCUCUUUCUUCUUGUGUGGCUGGAUUGGGGGUUGGUUGGUUGGUUGAUUGGUUGGUUGGUUGAUUGGUUGGUUGGUUGAUUGGUUGGUUGGU